CCAUAUACCAUAUAUAGAACCCAGGGGCCUUUAAAAGGUAGUUAGGCGGGCUUGUGGUUGCACCUGGGCGGGUUGGUCCUUGGGUCUCUUAACCGUAGGUUCUAGGCAAAGACCUUCCUAGCCCAAGGAACGUCGCAAGCAUGUUCAGCAGACGCACGUCGGCGUUGGCCGUAGCCGGAGUGGCUGGCCUAACGUUGGGUGCAGCCGCGAUGUAUGUCGCGAGGCCGAAGCUGUUGCCUGCCGCGCGGCUCUACUGCAAGUCGCUGUCUAGCUGGAUCUUUAGCAAGAGGGCUCGUCCGAUUAUGCGUCCUCCGGCUGCCCUGGGUGCUCCUCAGACCGGCCUGUCCGUCGACCCCAGCCGCUACCCUACGGUCCGGCGCGGCGAGGUGGUUGAGACGCUGCACGGGGUGCGGGUGGCCGACCCCUACCGCUGGCUGGAGGAGCCGGAUGCGGAGGAGACGCGAGCGUUCGUGGACUCCCAGAACGCGCUCACGUCGGAGGUGCUGCGCCAGUGCGACACGCGGGAGCAGUUCAAGCAAUUGUUCACGGCGCUGUACGACUACCCAAAGUUCGGAGUGCCCUUCAAGGCGGGAUCCCGCUACUACUACUACCACAACAGCGGCCUGCAGCAGCAGUACGUCAUAUACAGCACCUCCUCCCCCGACUCGCCCAAGCCGCCCCAGCUCUUCUUCGACCCCAACGCCCUGUCGGCGGACGGCACCACCGCGCUCAGCAACAUGAGCUGGAGCGAGGACGGCGGUCUGGCCGCCUACAGCCUGAGCAGCGGCGGCAGCGACUGGAACUGCAUCCAGGUCCUCCGAGUGGACCAGACCGGCGCCCAGCCGCCCGCCCCGCUGGAUGACAAGCUGGAGCUGGUCAAGUUCAGCUGCAUGGAGUGGACCCACGACAACAGGGGCUUCUUCUACAACAGGUACCCCGACCCCGCCUCCCGCCCCUCCUCGCUGGGCACUGAGACCGACAUCUCCACCCACCAGCAGCUCUGCUACCACGUAGUGGGCACCCCGCAGUCCUCCGACCCGGUCAUCUGGGCCAUGCCCGACCACCCCACCUGGAACAGCGGGGCGGGGGUGACGGAGGACGGAAGGUACCUGCUGCUGUAUGUGACGGAGGGCUGCCAGCCCGCCAACCGCCUCUACGUGGCCGACAUGGCCGCACUGGGCAGGCGGGAGGACGGAGGGGUGGACUGGGGGACCUACGACUUCUUCAAGGGCUCCCGCCGCCUGCCGCUGGUGCCCCUGGUUGACGACUUCCGCGGCUCCUUCUCCGUGGUGGCCAACGAGGGGCCCACCUUCUACGUGAAGACAAACCUGGGGGCGCCGCGGUACAGGAUUGUCCGCAUCGACGACGUGAUGAACCCCGGCCCGCCCGAGUCGUGGCCCGACCACAUCCCGCAGCACGACAAGGACGUGCUCAAGGGUGCUCUGGCGCUGCAGGGCGAUGCACUGGUGCUGCACUACAUGAGGGACGUGGCCUCCGUGAUGCAGCUGCGCUCACUGACCCGCGGGUCGCUCCUGCGCGAGCUGCCCCUGCCGGGGGUGGGCAGUGUGGGGUCGAUGAGCGGCGACCGAAAGGGCAGUGAGCUCUUCUUCUCAUUCACCAGCUUCGUGGAGCCGGGCGCCAUCUACCGGCUGGACACGGCCCCCGGCUGCCCGCCCGAGCCCGCCCUCUUCCGCCGCACGCAGCUGUCAGUGCCGCACGACCCGGCGGAGUUUGUAACCAAGCAGGUGUUCGUGCCCUCCCGCGACGGCACCCGCAUCCCGCUCUUCAUCGUGCACCGCGCCGGCCUCACCCUGUCCGGCAGCUCCCCCACGCUGCUGUACGGGUACGGCGGGUUCAACAUCGCCCUCACGCCGGGCUUCAGCGCCAGCCGGCUGGCCUUCAUGCGCGGGUACAAUGGCGUGUUCGCACAGGCCAACCUGCGCGGCGGGGGCGAGUACGGCACCGAGUGGCGGGAUGCGGGGUCGAAACACAACAAACAAAACGUGUUUGAUGACUUCCAGGCCUGCGCCGAGUACCUGAUCUCCUGCGGCUACUGCUCGCCCUCCACCCUCACCAUUCAGGGUGGCUCCAACGGGGGGCUGCUGGUGGCGGCGUGCGCCAACCAGCGACCCGACCUGUUCGCAUGCGUGCUGGGACAGGUGGGUGUGAUGGACAUGCUCCGCUUCCAUCGCUUCACCAUCGGCCACGCAUGGACCACCGACUACGGCAACCCGGACGACCCGGACGACUUCGCCGCCAUCCUGCCCUACUCGCCGCUGCACAACGUGCGGCUGCCGGCGGGAGGCAGCAGGCAGUACCCGGCCUUCAUGCUGGCGACGGGCGACCACGAUGACCGGGUGGUGCCCCUGCACUCGCUCAAGCUGGCGGCCACCCUGCAGCACCAGCUGGCAGGGGAGGGGGCCAGGCAGCAGCUGCAGCAGCAGGAGGGGCAGGGGCAGCAGCAGCAGCAGGAUGGCGGCAGCAGCGGGGGGGAGGACGGCCCCCCUCAGCGCAACCCGCUGCUGCUGCGGGUGGAGGUGAAGGCAGGGCACGGAGCGGGCAAGCCGACGGACAAGAUCAUCGCGGAGACGGCGGACCUGUUCGCAUUCGCCGCCAAGUGCAUGCGAGCCAGCUGGG